AUGCUCUCUCGCACCAGCGUUUCUGUCCCUGCUCUCUCUGUUCCGCGCUCUGUUGUUUUUUGGAAUUUGCUCAAAUUAACGCCCUUUCUGCUUCAUCUGCUCUUUCUCCCUUCUCCACCUCUUUCCCCUCUCUACUCUUUCUCCCGUCUCUACUCUUCCUCCUCUUUCCCCUCUCUCUCCUCUCUGCCCUCUCUGCUCGGUCGCCUCUCUCUCUCUGCUCUCUGCUUCCUCUCCUCUCCUCUCCUCUCCCCUCCUCUCUCUCCUCUUUCCCUCUCUCCCAUCUCUCCCCUCCCUGCGCUUUCUGCCCCCUUACCCGUGCUGUGCCCCCGCCUUGCCGCAGCCCGGCGAGGAGAAACGUGUAUUUGCAGGAGCUGGAGGCAGCAGGCAUUGCCACGUACCAGUGUGCGCCCAACAGGUGAUAUUUCAGGUGCCUCGAUGGGGGCAGCAGGCAUUGCCACAUACCAGUGUGCGCCCAACAGGGCGGCGGAGUUCCACACGGUGCUGGACGCCGUGCACCCCACCAUUGCCGUCUUUGAGAGGUUCACGAGCGAGGAGGCCGUUUCCUUCCGCGUGAGGCAGUGCUGCCCCGCCUGUCUGCUCGUGCUCGACACACAGGACCUGCACUUCCUUCGGGUGGGUAACGUGCGGUGCCAUGCGGUGCUGUGGGGUGCCAUGCGGCAGGCGGGGCGGCAGCAGGUGGUAUCUGAAGGGGGCUCUAUCAGGGACGCGCUACACCACGUACCCGAUACAAGCAGCAGGGAGCUGCUGCGCGAACUGGCAUCCAUGCACCGCCGUGACCUCACUCUGGUCCGUGGCCCCUCUUCCCCUCCAUCUGCCCCCCCACUCUUCCCCCGCCCUUCUUGCCCCUCAACUCUGCCCCCACCCCUUGCCCCCACCCCUCUGCCCCACCCCGCCCCCUGCCUCCACAAUCUGCCCCAACCCCCACCUUUUGAACUCGUUCCAGCGUAUUUUUCUAGUUUGAUUUUCUUCUGGUUGCUUGCUGGUUCGUUAUACAGAUUUAGUUCCGCGUGGUUUCCAAUCCCUAUCCUCCCAUUCGCUGUGCAGACUCACACAUGCGCGCAUGCACUAGUUCACUGCGCCUCACCCACCUUUUUAACCCCCUCUUUCUCUCCUUCCCUACCCUCCCGUCCGCCCACCCGCCUUCUCUCCCUCCCUCCCUCCCUCCCUCCCUCCCUCCCUCCCUCCCUCCCUCCCUCCCUCCCUCCCUCCCUCCCUCCCUCCCCCCCCCCGUCUCUCACUCGCCCCCUUCAGCUGUGUUCACAGGCGGAGCUCGCUCUCCUCGCGCGCUGCUACGCCUUCCCGCCCCACAAGCUUGCCCUCGCCUCCUUAUUCUAUGAUUCACCCAAGACAGUGCCAGGUGGGGCAGUGGGAGGUGGGGCGGACAGCCAUCCUCCCAGCUCUUCCUCGAGCCCCGGAUCUCAGGUUCCACCUCCCCCUGUGCCGACCCCACACCGUCCCCCUAGGAGCAGCGGCAGCACUGUGUCGUGCUGGGCACCUUUCACCACGCGCCCAACGUGGACGCUGUCUCCUGGCUCGCCUCCCAUGUCUGGCCUCUCAUUCGCGCCCAGGUCCGCCCAUUCGCGCCCAGGUCCGCCCAUUCGCGCCCACGUCCGCCCAUUCGCGCCCAGGUCCGCCCAUUCGCGCCCAGGUCCACCCAUUCGCCCCUAG